AUGGGAAACAAGCGCAGGGAGGGAAACAGGAACAGAAAGUGAAGACUUGUCAAGAUGUCUGGGUGAGGGGGACCAGAACUGAGCAGAAGCCAGAUGCCAAAACAGAAACAACAGAAGUCUGAGCAGCUGACUGGAUUAGACAUGAGGGGAGACCUGACCUGCUACUUCACAAGUGCCUGCGGGGCACAUCUAUGUUGAAAUAUCGCUACGCAGGAUCACCUCAGCGAAGCAGCAGCCGGAGGGCAAGAGGACGAGAGGAAACAAUCAGUGAAAUGUCCACCUGCAUUAGCAAACCUGGCUUUACUGCAGAUUGUGGCAUUUUUAUCAAGAUCUGGAUCAUUUCUCCGGAUCCCAUUGGAAACCUGGGAGAGCUCCUCAUUUUUUGUUUGAAAAUUGCAGGCAGAAUCUGAACCGGAGGCAUCCAUGGAGUGAGCUUUCAGAGUUAUUGUGCAAAUCUACCGGAGCUGUGAGAAUCUUUCCCUGGAUCUUCACAAGUCAAAGGAGAGUGUCAAAGUUGAAUGUCAAGCCACAACUCACAAAAAGAGUCUGGCUCGACAGCUGUUGGACUGAAGGGUGUUUUAUUGAAGACAGAAUCAAACUUUGAAAGCGGAGGCAGGUCACGUAAAACUCAAAUGAUCACCACAUCUUCAUUAUCUCUGGUGUCCCGGACAGCUUGAUGUGCACAUUUACUGUCUUAUAAACCUCUCAAGUCUCUGAAGGAUUUAUUAAAAGAAGAUUACAAGAGCGGGGGAGCUUCAAUUAAAGGAAGCCACAGCUGCGCCUCUGAAAGUCAUGGAUGAAAAAACAGACGGCAUUCUGGAGUUUUUCAACCAGCUUUGGAGCUUCGCUACGGAGAAGCACAACCAGGGGGUCUACAACACGGUGUGCCUGGUGGUCCUGCUCACGCUGCCCCUGCUGGUCGUCCUCACCACGCUGGUGGUGUGCUGCCACUGCUGCUGCUGUCGCCAUGCCAACAGCUGCUGCAGCUGCUGCUGCUGCUGCUGCGGGGACGGCGCGCCGGCCUCCAGGUCCGAAACGAAGAAGAAGAAGAGCUCGGCCAACACCGAAGACCUGUGGAUCUCCGUCAAGACGGGGCCGAUGACGCCGGACCGGGUGGCUCUGGCCAUGGAGUAGCAGCCUGAACAGCGACGUGAAUGUUCGUACUUGGAGAAUAAUUUCUUUGCUUUGACAUUGAUAAAGUUGUAGUAAAUAUAUCUUAUUUAUUUACAUUUUAUAAGGUGAUUUGAGUCAACUCCGCUGCUCAUCCCACACAAAUACACAUUGAUUUGUCAUUUAAAGGUUAAAUCAACAGACGUUGGAAGAAUAUCUGGUUCAUUUCCUGGAAGCAUUGCUACAGCAAAGAAAUCAUCUACUAAACAAAAAAUGUCUUUACUUUGAGUACCACGUUUAGACGUGAGUUCUCGUUCACGGUUUGCCCUCUGAAUCCGCCCCGUACUCCAGGGAGGCUGAACACAUUCUUCAAACUAAUAGGAAGGACUUUGGGCCCAGAUUGGACUGAAAUAUGUAAACCAUGUGUAUAGUCUUGUCACUUUGUAUUCAUACAUUGCUGUGCGAGAUAGUUUUAUGACAAUGUUUACAAGAUUUUUAUGAGCUUUUUUUUUUUUAGUGUGUGGUACAUAAAGGAAGAAAUAUGCAGACAGAAGCAAAUAACCCAUACCUGCAAGUGUGCUUGUGUGUGAGAGGAGUACAGUGUUAUUGGGAGCACUUUGUUCUUAGCGCUCCCUUGUGAAAUUCAUGGCCUCUGUAUUUGGGGUUAGAGCCAAUUUGAGGUCUGUUCAGACUUCAAAUAGGUGUAUUACUGCAACUUUUCAUAUUCAGGAGGCACCGCAGACCGCGAUUGGCUUUCAAUUUUUUUAAUAAAAGACGCACUGACAUGCAGCAAGCUGAAAAGACUGCCUGCAAUGCAAGGCGUAACGUUCUCUUCAUUUUCAUAUUUGUCCAUUUUUUUGAAAUAUUAGUCACAGGAGAGGGAUUUUCACCAAGCUUUUGGAGAGUUGCACUAUUUCUCAAAAUAAAAUCCAAAUCUAAACUACUGACACGCACGAUAAUUGGAAAACCUAUCAUGGUGGCGUUUGUGAACAAACCAAAAAUUUCUGACUGAUUUUACCCUUUUACUGCAAAUAUAGAUCAUCAUUUUGAAUUUGAGAGCAGUAUUAAAAACCAAUAUUGAUUUUGUUCUGUUUACACUUUGUAAAGAUUCUGCUGAUGCAUAUUCGUCAUAAUCAUGUUGGCUUAAUAUUAGUUUAAUAUAUUUUUCCAGUUUUUGAAAAAUUUAGAUGGUCUCUAUAGUCAGUUGCAGAUUUUCUAUAAACGGUUAGCUGCUGGUGGUCAGCUAACCAUCAUUAUUUGACUUCCAGCAGAAUUCACAAUCAUAUUUCUAAAUUGUGAGACACAUGGGAAGUUUCUGCAUUAAAUCUUUGAUUGCUAGUUUAAUGGUAUUGUUUGAAAGUUUUAACAUUGCCCGAUAACCUCAAAGUAAAAACUGUAACAAAAUAAAGUACUGUGAAGAUGCCUCUGUUGCUGAUAGUUUAUUGUAAGCAGAGUUAUCAACCAGAAAUUAAAAUUGAAUUUGAUGCUGUGGGUAACAUUUUGAGGACUGGCCUACAAGUUGUACUAGGUCAGAUGUUACGUCACUUCUUUCUCCUUUCCAAACAAAAAUAAUGGAACAUUCUUGGAAAAAGUUUAAAUUGCAGAACACCACAAAGAAUGAACAAGGAUGCGUCAGGAUUUGAGUAGAAAAAGGUUUAAAAAAAUAUGUGGAACAUAAAAAGCCAGAUACAGUAAAAUGCAUAGAAGAAGAAAUACCAUCUUUGAGAAUUAAUUCUGCAGAGAAAACAGGUCCCAUCCAUUUUAAAGCUGCUGUAGGCAGGAUUUUGCUAGUCAGUGCUAAUUUUUCUGUGUUUUCUUUGGAUUAAAUGUUAGAGUAUCCAUUGAUAAUCCUUUAGGAG